UCGAAAUCGAGAUGGCGUCGAAUGUGCACGCAUUUUGACGUUUCCCAUAAACAAACGAAACUAGCAGAUAAGUUUAAAUAAUCGCGGGGCAUUUCGGCUCAAAUUAAGAGAAACCGAGCCGAGUUUGAAUAUUUUUCGGUGGCUGUGAUGGUUUUAAGUGAAAUUUGAGAUUUUUAAGUCUUCAACCGUCCAAAAGGAAAAUCAAAAGAAAUGAGUUAAAAAGUCGCACAAAAUCAAACCAAAAAGAAAAACCUUGAAAAAUGACUGUAUCUGGAAAGUUAUGCAGACGUAUGUCCCCGAAAGGCUUCGCCUUAACGGGAAUAGGCCUCACAGUCCUCCUGUGCAUUUAUUACACGAGUUACACGUCGGACGUGUCGAAGUUGCCUAACCAGAACGCCGAGAGGGGGGCGGACCCCAAGGCGCAGCGAUUGGUGGGGGCGAAGAGGAGAAUUUACCAGAAAAAGGACUACGAAGUGUGUCCGAAGCUGAACGCAGCUGAAACCGACGUCAAUACGGUGGAGGUGUUCAAAGACUUCGAGUUUCAGCCAGCUUGGAUGAAAAGCAAAGAAUAUUGGGACAAAACAUUCGAAGAUCGAUUUGAAAGGCAAAAAAUGGAUGCAGACAGGCCGCCAUUAAAGGUUAUUAUAGUUCCUCAUUCCCACAACGACCCGGGUUGGUUGAAAACUUUCGAGCAAUACUUCCAAUAUUCCUCGAAGCAGAUUAUGAACAACAUGGUGUCGAAGUUGCAGCAGUACAAAAACCUGACGUUCAUUUGGUCGGAGAUUUCGUUUCUGAACGCGUGGUGGGAGGAAGCCCACCCGAGCAAGCAGAGAGCCCUAAAAAAUUUGGUGCAUUCCGGGAGGUUGGAAAUCACCACCGGCGGUUGGGUGAUGACGGACGAGGCUAACGCUCAUCUGUAUGCCAUGGUGGACCAGCUAAUAGAAGGUCAUCAAUGGUUGUGGACGAAUCUAGGCGUCAAACCCAAAUCUGGGUGGUCCGUGGACCCAUUUGGUCACGGUAGUACAGUCCCGUACCUUCUAUCAGCGUCUGGUAUUAAGGGUACAGUGAUACAAAGAAUUCACUAUGCUUGGAAGCAAUGGUUGGCAUUUAAACAAUACGGCGACUUUAAGUGGGUGCCAAAUUGGUCUCUGAACGAUAAUUAUGGUAGUAUUUUGACCCACAAUCAACCAUUUGAUAUAUAUAGCAUAAAACAUAGCUGCGGGCCGCAUCCCUACAUUUGUUUGAAUUUCGACUUCAGAAAAGUGCAAGGGGAAUACACUGAGUAUUCUCUGAAAGCCCAGGCCAUUACAGAUAAAAAUAUCAAGGAGAAAUCUGAGUUGUUAUUGGAGCAGUAUGCAAGAACUGGAUCCUUGUUUCCGCAUAACGUUGUUUUGAUGCCUUUGGGGGAUGAUUUCCGUUACAACGUUGAAGAAGAGUGGGAUCAACAAUACGUCAACUAUGAGAAGUUGAUCAACUACAUCAAUAGCCACAAGGAUUUGUACAAGGCUGAGGUGUCAUUUGGAACUCCAGCGGACUAUUUCGACGAAAUAACUAAAAGAUACGACCAAUUUCCGACAAUCAGGGGGGAUUUUUUCGUGUACUCCGAUAUCUUUGCCGAAGGACGGCCUGCCUAUUGGUCCGGGUAUUUUACUACUAGACCGUUCAUGAAGCUGUUGGAUAGGGAGCUAGAAUACACCCUUAGAGGCGCUGAGGUGCUAUACACGGUAGCUCUGAACAACGCGAAGCAAAACAAGUUGCUGCCGCACUUAAAAAUUCUCGAGAGGGAUUUUGAAAAGUUGGUUCGCGCUAGGAGAAAUUUAGGGUUGUUUCAGCACCAUGAUGCUAUAACUGGGACGAGUAAAUCUUUCGUGAUGAGGGAUUACGGUUUGAAACUCUUUGAAGGUAUCAGAGACGCGGUUAGUAUACAACAAAACGCGCUGCAGAGUUUGGUGUUUCCACAUAUCAUCAUGAAACCGAACCAGAACUUGAUCCUCAGCGAUAUAGAGCGCGAAUCGUACGAAAAGUUGCCGAAGAAGUCCACAAUACAACUGGCAAGCACCACAAACAGUUUGAGAAAAGUUGUACUGUACAACAGUUUAUCCCAAAUGCAGGAACAAGUGGUGCAAGUGCGGGUGAAUACGAGCAAAGUAAGGGUGGUGGACAGCGAUGGGAACCCUGUGGUGUACCAAGUGAACCCCGUCUGGGAAUCACUUGAAAACAACAAUAAUUUCUGGAUUUCCGCCGAUGAGUUUGAGGUGGCGUUUCUGGCCAAAUUACAACCCCUAACUGUGACGAUUUACAGUAUAAUUUAUAGUGAAGGGGUGCAGGAAAAAAUGUCCACCAUUUACUGCAAUAAAUGCAAGAGAAAGACCGCUACAGUCGGGAGUAUACAGUCGAACUUCACCAUUAAAAGCAUCCCGCUGGGUGACGUUCAGCUAGAGAAUCACAAGUUCAAAUUGCUGUUCAACGGCAACACGGGCUUCAUGAAGACUAUAACGCGCAAGCACAGGCCGAAAAUAAUGCAGUGCGCGAUACAAUUCGCCGCGUACAGAUCCGCGCAGUUCCACUCGGGCGCCUAUUUGUUCAUGCCUGAUCCGAACGAGAAAGACUACGAAAAAGACGUUCUGGAGCAGUACAAAAAGCAGAUUUCGGUUAUUAUAACAACAGGGCCUCUCAGCAGCGAGUUGUCGAUCGUUUACGGCCCCUUCUUGGUGCACAGCGUUGCCAUUUACCACGUGGAAAACAGUAGUUUAAGCGACGCGAUUCAGAUUGAGAAUACCGUCGAUUUUGAGAACACGCCGAAAAACCGCGAGACCGAGUUGUUCAUGCGGAUAAUAUCCGACGUUCAGAACAACGAACCGCCGGAGUUCUACACGGAUUUGAACGGGUUCAGCACGCAGAAGCGCGUCAAAGUGGAGAGGAUCGGUUUGGAGGGAAACUACUUCCCCAUCACCACAAUGGCGUACAUACAGGACGAGAAUGUGAGGUUGAGUUUGCUGACCAAUCACGCGCAAGGCGCCGCGAGCUGGCAACCCGGCUAUUUGGAGGUUAUGUUGGACCGGAGGACUCUCUACGACGAUUCCAGAGGGAUGGGCGAGGGGCUGGUAGACAACAGAAAAACCGUGUCCAGAUACUUUUUGCUGAUAGAGGAUGUAACGCAAAUCGUAGAAAAAAAAACGCCUUUGACGAAACGCUUCGAUAACUCCGAUGAUACCUACGAGAAGGGGGAGGUUUUUCGGUCGUUCAACGUACCCACCGAAAAUUCUGAAACCGCCAAGUCGGAGUCGUACUCGCGGCCCUCUUUGUACAGCAACCACCUGUCGAAUCUUCUGAACCACCCGGCCGGUGUUUUCAUCGUAGACUCCGAAUACCACGACAACCUCAACGCGUCUUUUAAAAUUCUCAACAAGCCCCUCCCCUGCGACGUUCACUUGUUGACGCUGCGCACUCAGCCGGAUUCGGUGUACGCGCAGUACCCCUCGUCCAACGCCCUCAUGAUUUUCCACAGGCAAGGCUACGACUGCGGGGUGAGCGCGAACUUCACUUGUUCCUCGACGAAGUUCCUCGAAAACACCCACUUCGAUUUUGUCGCCGUCAAAGAGAUGGAGCUGAAGUCGCUGACGGGGGUCGACAGCGUUGCCGCUGUCAACAACAUUGCCGACUUGUAUUUGGAACCGAUGUCGUUGAAAACUUUAAAUGUGACUUUUGGUUGAUUGUGAUUCCUUUUUUAAAUUAGCGUGGACUCGAUAAAAUUAAUUAAUUAAAUUGUAGAUAUUUGUAUAUAGUCAGUAUUUAAGGUUUUAGAUAUUUAUAUGUAUAUGUGACGAUUUUAUUGCAAUUGUAAUGACAAAGGUGUAGAUUUUUUAUUUUUGAUUGUUUUAUACUUUUACAAGCACUGAUUUUAUGUUGAAGUAUGACUAUAAGAUGGACAAUUGUGAAAUUUUAUAAUUUAAUAUUCCAAUUUUUAUUUAUUAAU